AUGGCACCCAUUACGCAAAUCCUACUCUUAUCGCUUCGGGUCUCGAUCGAGGCCGAAGAAGUCGCCAAUGAAGCUGUCACCAUGCUACGAGAACAAAAGAGCAUUCGGCAUUUCCGAUGGAGCAUGAUAUUACAGGAAGACAACAAACUUUGCAUAUUUGUUGACUGGGACGAGAAAUCUGCACUGGACAAAUAUCUACAAUCUGAUGCCUAUCAACAACUACUGCAAUUCAUGAAUUCUCAAACCACUGAGCCCACCACUUCUCAUAGUGUUGCAUUUGACCCAUACGGCACUGCAGUACUUGAUAACAAAGGUGGCCAUGGUACAUCGCCUGUAGCAGAGGUACUCUACAUGUAUUUUGGUGGUGUUCAAAACGAAUUUGAAGACUUUCAAGACACCGCAACUACAACUGUUCAACAAUUUCUACAAAAAAUCGGCCAAACCGCAACUGGAAUGACAGGAGAAUCCUCAAUCGGUUGGAUGCUCGAUGAAGUUGCAUACAAAGGCGAGAUGUGUAGGACUUGUGUUUUGGUUGUCGGAUGGCAGAGUGUUGAGAGCCAGCUACAGUUCUUGGCUUCGGAGGAUUUCAAAAGCGCUCUUCCCAUUAUUGCCAGCAUGCAAGGAUUCAGAGCUAUCACAAUCGAAUACGGCGUCUUUCUCUUUGCCUUCUUUAUCACUGGUGCGGAUGCUCGCAGUGGCGGCGAAAGAAGGAUGGUGCUAGAAGUCAUGUCGCAGAUAGCGGGUAAGAUCUCUGAGGCGCAGUAUCCAGCUUCUCGGCUGUGGGAUCUGUAG